AUGAGACUCUCAAACAUCAUCUCCCUCACCCUCGCCCUCAUCACCCCAGCCAUCGUCCUCGCAGCCCCAGCAAACACCCUCCACCGUCGAGAUUGUCCCUCUGUCGACACCCUCCGCCAAUGGAUCCGCGACAAUGCCAAGGUCGGCGAAAACACAGUCUUCUACACCGCCAAGGCCACGCAGGACCAGGCCAAAGCCUUUGCCGAGCAAAAGGUCGCAGACGGCACCUACUGGGGCAAAGUCUUUGCCGACAACAAGUAUCUCGACUGGAUCGUGGAAUGCGGCGAGGGGGCUGAGCAAGAUAAGCUGUUUCCUCGUAUGGGGGAGGCUCUUGCUAGGGAGUCUAGCGGAACGGCGUAUGUGAUUAUGGUCGAAGGGAAUGAGAUUGAGAAAUUUUGGAAGAAUAAUGAGUAUCCUUAUCUGAAGGAGAAUAAAGUCAAGGUCAUUGCUGUUAAUUCUGUAGACUUUGAUGAUCAGAAGGAUUACAAUGGUAAUCCAUUCAAGCGGGCAAUUGAGUUCUAG